GCGGCUUCACCACGGCAGCGACGACGCCAUUUGCCAAUAGUCGCGUAAGUGUCAUUUAGUUCCGGCCUGUUAGUUUUACGUUACUUCCGACCCCUUUACAGUGGAUACUGCGCCGCUUUUCCUGCUGUUACCGGUUAUGUACUGUAGGAGGUGAACCUCCCCUGAAUUGCCCGUCGAGGGGACCCGAGAGAAUGCUAACUACUCUUGCAACAUGGAGACGGAAGGUGGGAAGUCUGAGACUGUGAUGGCCAUUGUAACUGAGCCUCGAUUUACCCAGCGAUACAGGGAGUAUCUCGAGCAGCAGCAACUCCUGGAUAGACUGCACCGUGUGGAAAAGAUUCCGGAUGGCACGGUGGCGAUACCUGUUUUGGGCAAGAACCUCCCUGCGGAGCACCUGCGGGAGCUGAGGAAUCGCGUGGCCCCAGGGAGCACCUGUGUGCUGACGCAGCUUGCACAUCCUCUACCUUCAAAGAAGGCGCAGGGUUGUUCACCUGCCCAAAGGCUGUGUCUUGAGGUGAGUCGCUGGGUGCAGGACCGGGGAGUCACGUGGACAGCUGAGUUAGAGGCUGAUUUGCCCCAAUCUUGGCAACGGCAUGGCAAUCUCGUGUUGCUGAGUGAGGACUGCUUCCAAGCCAAGCAAUGGAAAAAUCUGGAACCAGAACUCUGGGAGGCUGUUGCCUCGGCACUUGGCGUUCAGCGUUUAGGAAAACGAGGGCGGGUAUCACCGGAUAGCAGUCGAACUCCAGCUGUGACUCUGUUGCUAGGCGACCAUGGCUGGGUGGAGCAUGUGGAUAAUGGCAUCCGAUACAAGUUUGACGUGACCCAGUGCAUGUUCUCCUUCGGAAACAUCACUGAGAAACUGCGAGUGGCAUCGCUGCCCUGUGCUGGGGAGGUGCUAGUGGAUCUCUACGCAGGGAUUGGUUAUUUUACAUUGCCAUUCCUGGUUCAUGCUGGUGCUGCCUUUGUCCAUGCCUGUGAGUGGAACCCCCAUGCUGUAGAUGCUCUGAGAAAAAACCUCGAGAUCAAUGGAGUAGCAGAUCGAUGCCAAAUACACUUUGGGGAUAACAGGAAGCUGAAGCUGUCAAAUAUUGCAGACAGAGUAAACCUGGGACUAAUUCCCAGCUCUGAGGAAGGCUGGCUCAUUGCCUGCCAAGUGCUACGACAGGAUACUGGAGGCAUUUUGCAUAUCCACCAAAAUGUGGAAUCUUUCCCAGGGAAGAAUCUCCAGCCUCCUGGAAGCAAUGAAAUGGAGAAGGAGUAUUGGCCUUAUGCUGAGCAAAUUAUCACCAACCACCAGUGCAAAAAUGGAGCUAACAGAGAUUCUGGGAGAAAAGUGCUGGCAGCUCCCACUAAGCCUGAGUGGCGAAGGUGGGCAGAAUCUGCAGAAACUUGCAUUGCCACUCUUCUUCAGCAGGUGCACAGGAAACCAUGGAAGACACAAAUCCUGCACAUCCAACCAGUGAAAUCCUAUGCACCGCAUGUGGAUCACAUAGUCCUGGAUCUGGAAUGCCGCCCUGUUCUCUAGUUGGCUAGAGAAGGUGGAUCUUGGAACACAAGGGAUCCAUGUGCAAGUGACCCUUAAUGCAUCAGUUCGGCCUGGAUUCUCACCCGUCUCCCGAUAGACAUUUCCUACAAUGAAGACAAGUAUUCAGAUAUCUUUCACACAUCUGGCCCCCCUCCUCCAAGCACACUUACACAUGAGUUUUUACCCUAAUAUUUUUUGUGUAUACCAGCUUCACAAAAUCACUUGAGAAACAACUGCCCUGAAAACUUGGAUCUGUGAACGCAGCCAUUGCAGUUGUUGAUGCCCUGCCUGGCCAGCCCUGCCUGGGCAGGUGCCACUCCUCAAGCUGUUGGGAGCAUUGGUUGCUAAGGGCUCACAGCUGUCCCUCUCUUUGGAGAACUUCCCUUGUCCGGAAAGUUGCUCCCCCCUCUCCCCACCACCACCUCCAACCGGGGGACAGUGCAGGCUAAUGUCGGACUAAUUCAGGGAUGUAAAAAACUGUGCCCCUUGCCUCAAUCUUGUAACAAACUCUAUGGUAGAGAUUGAGUGUUCUAGGGCUCUCCAUGGGGUCAGGCAGAAGCUAGACUCCAACUGAGCCACAUCCUUGCUUUGCUUUCUUCCUCUGCCCUAUUCUAAUUCCCCCACUCUCCUUCUGAGAAGAUAAAACACUUUCACAAGAAUGCCCAUCUCAAGCUCUGCUUCUAGAGUAUCUGACCUUAGCUAGUGUGGUGGUUUGGAGCUAUGUAUCCCUCAAACAGUGUUCUUAAACUUGAUCCAUCCUGGUAGGCAUGAACCGUUGUAAAUAGGACCUUCUGAUGAGGUUACUUCAGUUAAGAUGUGGCCCUGAUGAAUCAGGAUGGGUCUUAAUCCUAUUACUGAAGGCCUUGUAGGGAAGGUCACAGAGAAAAAAAAAAGC